AUGGUGAGAGCGUACAAGGAGCAGAACCCUCAUGCGGAGAUCUGUGCAGUGACGAGGACGGACAAGCGGCACGAGAAGCUGAGGAGGAUCGGGGCAGGAGACGUUGAGACGAGCCUCCCAGCUAGAAAGUUCGACCACGUUGUGAUCCUGGUGACGCCGAACGUCGAAGACUAUGAGGAGAUUGUGAGAAGCAGCGUGUCAUGCUGGAGGAAGGAGGAGGAGGGGACAAGAGGAGGAGGAGGGAACCUGGUGCUGGCGUCUUCAGUCGGGGUGUUUGCACAGAGUGAUCAGGAGGUGGUGACCGUGAACGAGGAGAGCGCAGUGAACAGGACGGGGUCUCCCUUCUCGUCAAAGCUGCUGAGAGCAGAGGAGAUCGCUCUCGGAGCAGGAGGAGUUGUCAUGCGACUAGCAGGGAUGUACAACCUUGCGCCCGAUCGCAACUCAUUCUUCCUCAAGAGCGGGGAGGUGGAGAGGCGGGGGGACAGUCUGAUGGGGCUGGUGGGGUAUGACGAUGUUGUCGGAGCGAUCAUGCUAGCGCUGGGGAAAGAGAAAGAGACGGUGAGCGGGGAGAUCUUCAUCGUAUGUGAUGGGCAGGAACAAACGAUUCAAGAAGUCUAUGCUGACGCUGAGAGCACUGGAAUUGUCAGUGAUGAUGGUAGUGACGAUGACGAUGAUGGUGCUGAUGACGACGACGACCAUGACCAUGAUAAUGACGAUGAUGAUGACGAUGAUGAUGACGAUGGCGACGAUGGAGACUUGUGGUAG